AUGCAUGUGUUGCAGUGUAACACCAAAGCAUGUGACAAAUUCCAGAGUGGUUGUGGGUUCCUUACGUGUGGACCCCGCUUUGGCACCGAUUCGCCGAUACAAAUAGCACCUGAAAAUAUCGACGGCCCACAAUGGGCCCAGUCAAACAGGGCCCCACCCGAGCAACGGGCCCACGUCGCAGUCUCCGAACUUACAACAUUACCCUCUCUCACCGCUUUCAUUUUCACUUGCAGCUUUUUUGCUCUGGACACAAGACGCACGCACAGAGAAUCACACACUCCUAUUUUCUUCUUCUUCCUCUAUGGCGAGGCUCUGAAUUUAUGGAAAUUGCGAAACCCUAGGCGUUCAUUCACUUUCGUCGCAUUUCGCGGACUCGUUUUCCAGCGUGACUCGGUCGAUGCGGAGAGAGAGUGCGUUGUGGUGUGUGAUGUGACGAUCAUUCUUAAUGCUUGCUUCUCUCUACAUUCAUUAUCAAUUAAUGCCAUGCACUUAGUGUGGUUGGUAAGCACUAAUUCCACCCCUUUUAAAUUCCUCCCCGCUGUCUUUCUUCUUCGAACCCCCUUACCUCCUUCCAUGCGCAGUUAUAGGGACUUGCAGUUCAUGGCGUGGGAUCUGUGGAGUUCGCCGUAUGACCAAGUUACGAGUGGUAGUAAUUACUGGUCACCACAACAUGAAUGUGACUUCUACUUUGGGUGUGGUCCUGAUGUAAUAGAGGAGGACGCCUUGAACAUGGAAUCCUGUGUUCAGGUAUUGAGAAUUUUGAUCACCAAAGCGGAUACUGAGAUAGAGGAACUUGAAAGAGAUCUCUUGUUGCUUCAGAAGGAAUUGGCCUGUGCUGAGCACGAAAAAUGGCCUGAUAUAUGCUGUGGUGUUCUCACUGAGAGAAUCAACCAGCUUGAUGUGGCACUUAGCACUUUAAAGAAUGAUUGUGCUAAUGAUGCUGAAGUGCAGCUACUUUUAGAUAGUGAACCUGCUGAGACACUUCAUGAAAUACUUUCCCAGUAUCUAGAUAGGAAUAUCUUGAGUCCAACUGUGAAUGUUACUGAACAUGCACUAGACAAAGAUUCUAGCACCAUUGAUUCUAAUAUAAUCAUUAAGGAGGAAGGAAAAGAUCUCCAUGGAAGCUCAGAAAGCUCUGGAAGAUUGGAACAUCUUUUGGAGCUUCAGAAAAAGAGAUCGGAUAAUCCUGAAAAGAUUGAGGUAGAGAAAGAUGUUACUGCUUUGAAGCCCCUGUCAAACUUGGCGCAGCCAGAUUUGCCUGAAGAAACACUUGAGAGAAGUCCUGAUUUGGGGAGCGUUAUCCAUGCAUCCUAUCACUCUGAUGAUAUGAAAUUAUCAGAAAUAUUUCAUGAUGAAGUUACUGGAAAUGAAGUCAGAAAAAGCCAACUCAUUAAUACAAAUACAGGUCAAAUGUUGAAUAUGUUUUCCGCCAAAGAUAAUGGCCAUAUUUCAAGUGAAGCCAAGAAAGAAAAUGAAUUUGUCAAAGAAAAUGUUAGCCCAGAUGAUUUUACACCUGCAAUUGACAUCAAUGGGAAGAGACCUUGUCCUAAUUCCAUAUUAGAUACUUCACAACAACAAAAAAGAGGAAAAUCCAAUUUAGACAAGGAGCUGUGUGAUUUUUCUCCAGAAGCUGCACAAAGAGACUGCAAGAAAGAAACCAAGGUUGCUCCAGAUGAAGAUUUGAACUCUCUGAAUUUCCCUUUACAAGUUGUUUAUCCUAAAACAUUAUGUAUCACUGAUACUGAAUUUUGCUACUUUAAAGAUAGUAAUGGUAAUAAUUCUGGACUAGUGCUCAACAUUGAAAACACCAACCCUUAUUAA